AUGUCCAGGAACCCGUACCGCCGCACGAGGGCAUGCACCUGCUUGCCAAUCGAAGCUGCCUCGGUGUCAUCGGGGAUUUUCGCGCAGAGCGCGAGCAGCGGGCCGGGCGCGCGCGGCGGAGACAACCCCUUGGUAGAGCGCCUGGUGGAGGAACUGGGCGGAGUCGAGGAAGAUGAGGCGGUACGCGGAGAGCUCGGACACGUGGUGGACGGCGGCGUCCAGGGCGGGGCGGGCGUGGUCGACGGCCGACGAGCUCCGCGCACGACGAUGGCGCCGCUGCUGCCGAUGCGGCGCCAGCUGCGCCGAGGAGAGGGAUCUGUCGAUGCUUUGCAGGACGGCGAGGAGGUAGUGGAGCGUGUUGAGGCGCACGUAGAGCCGCUGCGUGCCGCGGCUGGUGGCGGGGCGCACCACGUGCGCGUGGUCUCGGUCGUCUCAUCGUCUGGACCGGUUCGCCUCCAGCCUGGGCUUCUUGCUGCUCGUCACGAUGUCGGCCAUGCCGCAGUCGAGCAGGAAGAAGAAGAACGGCGGGAGGAUUGGGGCGGGGCACAGGAAGGAUGGCGACGGGGGCGGGACGGAUUGGGGCGGAGGCGCACGCACGCCGCACGGGAUGGACCGCGAAUGCGGGUGUCCUGCGGUUUCCAACGAGUUGGAAACAGCGCACGGUCGUUUCACCCAUGA